UGUCCCCCCCCCCCCCCCCAAUCUGUUGGAUUUCCAAACUUUGUUCAUCGAAUCUCUUUCUGGCCUUGGCUUUGUUUCUCCAUAGUGGAUAUUCUGCUGGCUCCUUCACAUUCUCCAGCAAAGAAAAGAAAGGGGGCGGGGGGGGGGGGAGGACACAACCUUUCUAAUGGAAAAGGAGUUGCAUUAAGCCUAUUAACAUCAGCCAAAUGACGAUCAUCAAUAUUUAAUCAGAAAUAUGGAAAGCUUCGGGAGCAAGUAAAUUUAAAUAACGCUCAGAGGGAAAUCCAAUCACUUAAGCAGAGGCACGCCAGCCGAGCGAAGGGAAAGCCAGCGUUGACGAGAGGGGAAGACGACAGCUGUAUUAAUAAAGAUUAAAGCGCUGCAAAGGCCGAGCGGAUCGGCGCCGUUAACCCCUUGCCCGGCUGCGCGGGCACCACCCGCGUGCAACAUGUCCGCGUUUCCCGCCUUCGCCGGCAAGACCCGCUCAGCCUCGCCGCGUCCGAGAUUUCGGCUGAGGGAGUGAAUCCCGCCUGAAGGCGAGGCGCGGGCGGAGGGGGGGGGGUCCUUUUGCAGCUGCCAAGGCACCCCACCCUCCGCUGUUCCUUCCUGGAACUUGGGAGUUGCGCGCCCGGGAAAAGCGAGUUUGCAAAGAAGCCGGAGGGGAAGCGAGCGCGGAAGCGGCAGGCAAUGGUGGCGGACCGGAGCGAGCGCAGCAGCCCUCCUCCUCCUCCUCUUCCCUGAGGAGGGGGGAAGAUGACGGGCGGCGGCCUCCCCCCGGGGCUGCUGGCGCUGGGCGCCGUUUUGCUGUGGCAGCCUUGCCAAGGCAGCUGCGGCGCGCAGAAAUGCGCCGCGCAGGAGAGCUGCUGCAGCUACGGCAACGCCACCUACGCGGAGACCAAGUGCUGCAAGCUGCCUUUCCACACGUUCCUGGACAACGUGGGUUGGUUCGUGCGGAAGCUCUCCGGGCUGCUCAUCUUGCUGGUGCUUUUCGCCAUCGGGUAUUUCUUGCAGCGGAUCAUCUGCCCCAGCCCCCGCAGGCACGGGAGGCGACGCCGGCGCCCGGGACAACGAGGCGAGGAGGAGGAGGAGGAAGACGAGGAAGAGGAGGAGGCGGAUUACGACGAUGACGACGCGGAAGAGCGGGACUCGCUUUCCCGCGUCACCCCGCUGAAUGGGACGGCCGCCACCUCGCAGGACUCGCUACUGGACAGCCGCGGCCGGGAGGCGUCCCUGCCGCCCCCUCUUCUGCACGUCGUCUCGCCCGUCUUUUUGCAGCUGCCCAGCUACGAAGAGGUGAAAUAUUUGCCCACUUACGAGGAAUCCAUGCGGCUCCAUCAACCUCUGGUUCUGCCCGUCACCAGCCUGGCCGCCGGGACGAGCAGAGGCCCCGCGGAGCCGGAUCGCUCGGCCAGAGGCAGCUGAAGACCCUUCCCUCGCCUUUUCCCAGCGCCUCGCAGCUGGUGGGUUGCCGCCAAAAUCGAAGGGACCGCGCCCUCGGCGUGGCCAAACAUCUGCCGCCGAAGCCCCUUUUUCUGUGGGGAGAUAAUUUAGGGAGGGGCGGUGGAAAUAGCAAAGAAGGAAAAGGGUGGAGGACUGGAGGGUCUUCCUUGGUCCUCUCACCCCCCCUUUUUUUUAUUUUUGCGAAGUUGCACUCUUGAGAUAAGCUCCUUUGUAGCAAAGUCGGAUUCUGCCUCUGCCUGUGAAACACCGCCAGCCUUUUCACAUUUGAGGUGCCUGAUGGUAGUACAGGCAUCAUUUAAGUGCCAGUCUAAAUAUGUGACAUAUGCGUUCCAAUUGGAGACAUUCAAAAGUACGAGCUAGAUUGGUUUGCUUUUUUUAUAUACUCCUUCCCUGUAUGGUGUGGAUGUGCUCUGUACCUUCCUAAUGCAAAAUAAAAUUCCAGGAAGGGAAGAGAGUGAUUCUUUUACUUGGGGUAAAUCCAGCUGGUUUAAAUUUCUCUUUUCCUGAAUUUUGCUUAUGCCCAUCAACAAGUAACAGGGAGAAAUUUGCUUAUGCCAAAACCAUCAACAUUGCUGGAUGUGAGAUGAGAGCAUGAGGAGAAAGACACACGAUCUUUUUUGGUGGUUACACUUUUUCUUUUUUAAACAC